AUGGGCUGUGUCGGAGUUGGGAUCCUAGCACUACCGCGUACAGCAGCUUUCGCUGGUUGGCUCGCCGCCUUGCUUGGUCUCAUUUUCGCCGCACUCGUCAAUCUCUACAAUAACAUUAUUCUAUGGCGUACUCUUUUCCUCACCGCCCAGGGUGAAGAUCGAGUGGCUAGGUCUUACGAGCAUGCAGUUCGAUCUACCUUUGGUGUCAGCGGCUCGAUCUACAGCGGAAUCAUUGUGCAUGUCCUGCUCAUUUCCGUGUGUGUCGCGAUGCUUAUUUUGAUGGGGAAUACUACGGAGGCUAUGACACGAGUCCUCAAUAGGCAAGCCUGGAUUGCUCUGUGGACACUUGUGGGUAUCCCUUUCUCGUGGAUAAAGGAAGUUAAAGAUGUUGGCUUCAUUGCAGUCUUUGGUGUCACAUCUGCUUCUGCGAUGGUGAUCGUUAUAAUUGUUGCAUCGGCUGACAGAAUGGUUACUGAUGGUAUCUCUGAAGGCCUUGCUGUCGUGCCCAGUGAUGCUUUGGAGUUUAUAGCGGCCUUAGCCUCAUACUUCUAUGUCUACAGUUUCACCGCUGCGUCACCCACUAUUUGCUAUCAUAUGACCAAGCCCGAGAACUUCCCCAAAACGGUGGUGGUUGCAACUAUCUUCAUCACACUAUUGUAUUCAUCUGUGAUGGAGCUGGGAUACGUGGGCUACG